CUUUCGCAACUUAUUAAAUAAAUACUUGAAUAACGAGUUUGUAAGAGUAAGUGUUCAUUUUUUAAAGCUACUUGUGUGUUAUCUUGAAUUUAUUGUGCAACACCUGUGACUGUGCUUUUUUGGUCCUUGCUUAUCCUUGUCUUAGAAAUGCUAAAACCAUCUUCGAAUAUUUUCCACAGAAAAGUUAUAGCCCAGUUUACUACACGGUUUCAUAAAAUGACGCUCGUGAAAAUAGACCAAGGCGAAUUAAUCGGAACGAUUUCAAAAGACCUCGAUGGCAACAACUUUUGCAGUUUCCGGGGAAUCCCUUACGCGAAACCACCCCUAGGCAAGCUACGCUUCAAGGCACCACAACCAGCACAACCUUGGCAGGGGAUUUUCCCCGCAACAGAAAACGGAAAUUGCUGUUACUCCAAAAACUUAUUUUCGAAAAAAAUGCUAGGCUCGGAAGACUGCCUAAACUUAAACGUUUACACCCCGAAAAUACAAGAAACGGAUUUAUUACCAGUCAUGGUUUAUAUCCAUGGUGGGGGUUUCACAAGUGGCUCAAACAGCUCGCAAAUAUACGGCCCGGAGUUUUUAAUAACCGGAAAUGUUGUUCUAGUUACCAUAAAUUACAGGCUUGGUUUAUUAGGUUUUUUGAGUUUGGAGGAUAAGUCUGUGGGAAUACCAGGCAAUGCUGGGUUUAAGGACAUGGUAAUGGCCCUAAAGUGGGUGCAAAAAAACAUCAAACACUUUGGUGGUGAUGCGAGAAAUGUUACGAUUUUUGGGACAAGUGCAGGCGGGGCUGCGGUGCAUUUUUUAAUGUUGUCUCCAAUGUCCCAGGGUUUGUUUCACAAAGUUGUGAUGCAAAGUGGGUGCGCGUUAAAUCCGUGGUCGAGAGGGAGAAAUUGCGAUCGGGAAAUUUCUGAUUUUUUUGGUAAAAAAACCGGUGGGGAACUGUUAGAACGACUUCAGAAUGUACCAGUCGAAGUCAUAUUACAAGUACAGGAAAAAAUUGGAUUUGGUUUGGCUCCUAGUAAAAAAAAAGCUUGGGGUUUGGUCAUAGAUCACGGAGACGGAGCUUUUAUGCCGCAAGAACCACUCGAAAUAAUUACAUUAAAAAAAUUUCAAACUCUACCCUUAAUGGUAGGGUUCGCAAAAUGUGAAGGAAUGGUUGUGGAGACUUACAAACCGGCAAGAAUAACCCCAAUGUUGCAAAAUUUUGAAAACAAUAUCCCACAUUUCCUCGGAAUUGAACCUGGAAGUGACAAGAGUGAAGCUUUGGCCAAAAAAAUCAAACAAAAGUAUUUUGGGAAUGAAGAAAUACCGGGAAAAAAUCACAAAUUUUACGAAAUGGUCGGUGAUAAUUUAUUCGUCUAUGGAAUUUAUUCAACAGUAAAAAAACACUCCUUGGUUUCCGAUGCCCCAAUUUAUUUCUAUCGAAUGUCGCUAGAAACAUCGCUGACUUUUUUCCAAAUAAAACAAGCGAAAAGAGGUGCCAUUCAUUGCGACGAUAUCCCGUACCUUUUUAAAACAGUUUUCACUCCAAGCUUGUCGUCUUUAGAACGCAAUUUCGUGAAAAAAUUUGUGCAAUGGUGGACGAACUUCGCACGGUUUGGAAAUCCAGAGAGAAACACUUGGAGAAGUGUCAACAAAACCGAAAUGUGGAUUUUGGAUAUUGAUAAAAAACCGACCUUGCAUGAGAAGCUCGUUCAUGAAACUUUGCCGUUUUGGGAUAAAAUCUAUUCAGAGAGUCCUUCCGGCCAGAAAUUUGUUUAAUGAGUUUCGCAAUUUUAAUGAUAUCUUGUUUAACAAUUGCUGGAAACGCCUGUUAGAUUAGAGUUUACCCGGUUAAAGUGUACUAACAAUACGUGAAAACAGUGAUUAAACAUAAGAGUUUCUCUAUUGAGAGAAGUCUUUACCUUCUUUAAUCUUUGAGUGUAUAGAUAAAUAACGGAAAAAUGUUUGACGAAUGUGUAACUGUAAAUAAGUAAAUAAUAAAUCUGUGUCGAAAAAUUAA